CCUGGACCCUGCAUUCACUAUAUCUGGUCUCCCCGGACCCUGCAUUCACUAUAUCUGGUCUCCCAGGACCCUGCAUUCACUAUAUCUGGUCUCCCAGGACCCUGCAUUCACUAUAUCUGGUCUCCCAGGACCCUGCAUUCACUAUAUCUGGUCUCCCAGGACCCUGCAUUCAUUAUAUCUGAUCUCCCACAGUACACAGAACAUGGAAAUGCAAUUAUUUUAAAUAUAAACUGUUAAAUAACUUUUAUCAUCAGAACAAAUAAAAUUCAAAAUACUAACAACAUACAAAGUCAUCCACAACUCAGCCCCCAGCUCAGUCAGCAAUCUUGUCUCAAAAUAUCAACCAAAUUGUGAUCUCCACU